CACAAAUCGCAACUGACUGCUGAUCAAAGCGGACCUUCACUGACGGAGCCUCCUUGAUCAAAGAUCCAGUGCAGUAAACAGGUGGGAGAGACUGAGAUGUCGUCAUUCUUCACACAGGAAGAACGGAGCAAAAUAAAGUCUGAUUUUGAAACGGGUGGGGUGGAAAAAGUUCAACAACUGAUAGAGCAGAAAGUAACUGAUCUGGACAAAAGUGAACUUAACAUCGCAGUGACGGGAGAGUCAGGUACAGGAAAAUCCAGCUUUAUCAAUGCCAUGAGAGGACUUCGGAGCACUGAUCCGGGAGCAGCUGAAGUUGGGACUACAGAAACAACAAAGUUGCCAAUCGGGUACUCACAUCCCACUCUGCCCAGUGUUCGCUAUUGGGAUCUGCCAGGGAUGGGAACUACUAAUUUUCAACAGCAGAAAAAUCUCAGAAAAAUGGAAUUUAAAAAAUAUGAUUUCUUUAUCAUAAUCUCCAAUUGUCGAUUCAAAGAAAAUGAUGUAAAACUUGCCAAAGAGAUUGAACGACGGGGGAAAAUGUUCUAUUUUGUCCGCUCUAAGAUUGAUGAUGAUCUUAAUUCCAUGAAGAAACAGAAAAAAGUUAUUAAUGGAGAAGAAGAGCUGGAAAAGAUUUGGAGUGACACUGUCAGGAGGUUGGCACAGGCAGGGUUUCCAGAAUCAUCUGUGUUUCUGAUAUCCAGUUUAGAGCUGUUUGAAUUUGAUUUUACUCAGUUAAAUAAAGGACUGGAAGAUGAUCUAAAUAAUGUAAAAAGAAUCUUUGUCCUGGCCCUUCCAAAUCUAAGUGUGGAGAUAGUUCAGAGAAAAUAUGAGAUUCUGAAAAAACAUAUCUGGAUGUUUGCAACACUCUCUGGGGGCAUGGGAGCAGUCCCAGUUCCCGGCUUCUCUCUCGCUUGUGAUAUCAGUAUAUUGAUUGGAGCCAUUGUCCACUUCCGGAAAUGCCUGGGUCUGGAUGAUGCUUCUCUUCAAAGACUGGCCAACAGAGCAGGAAAACCUGUGGAAGAGCUGAAGGCGACAGUAAAACCUCCAUUGCUGGGGGAAAUAACCGCAGAUGCAAUCUUGAGGUUAGGUUGGGGUACUUUGGCUGUUACCGUUUCAGCCGUGGAAUUCACCCUCAACUUUGUCCCAGUCAUCGGUAGCAUUUUUGGAGCAGGCUCAUCAUUUCUCAUGACGUACAAGAUACUGAGAGCUGCACUGAAGGAUCUUACGGAGAAUGCAGAGAGGGUGGUGAGCAUUGCCUUUAAAACUGAUUAACUGGGCUGUACAAACAUCUACCCAGUCAGUUUAUAUCCUGCUGUGGUUAAUAAUUUAACGUUACCUAACACCAAAUCCUGAUGUAAUUCUACUCAAUAAUGUUCACUUCUAUGGCAUUGGUUCCUAGAAAUAUUUCUUAGCCAUUACUGAAGCGGGUUGGGAGGGGUUUUCCAAUCUGCAGCCUUUGGAAAACCAGUGCAAGAUUAAUAGAGUGUUAUUCUAUGAAAUAAACUUUAAAAUUAAGCUAUAUCUGCCUUCAGAAGUGUACAUUCAGGAUGUACCUGAUAAACAUUGACCUAUAGAAGCCACAACUGUGUGGGGUGCCAAGCAAUAAUCAGCAGCACCUUGCAUUAUUCAACCAAUUACUUGGUUAAAAAUAAAACUGCAUUGGCAAAGUGAUAACUAUUACUUGUGUGCAGAGUAUGAAUGUCUGUAUCAAGUAAGACAUUGUAAACAAUGGGCUGAAAAAUCAAGUGCUACCCCAACCAUCUGAUGUUAACUAUCAGGAAGAAUAUCACAGGCAGUGUUUAGUUCUUGCUGACCUGCACAGUUUCACUUAUCUUCAAGAGAGCCUCUGAAUAAUUUAUAAAAAAAACACCAUUAGAGAAUUUGGCCCAAAGCUCAGAGCAAAGUCCAGGAUUAAUGAAGCCUUGCACAUUUAGAUCUUACUUAAAAUAGUCAAACAGUUGUCGAUAAUUCUCCCUUCUGCAGGUUCUGUGAGUUUGGCAUGAACACUUAACCAUACAGCACAGCAAGUUAAAAUUAUUCUAAGUCGUGUAUUCAUACUUGUUAAUAAAUCACAAUUCAAAAAGAAAGGAAUAAUACAAAAUAUUUCAGGACAACUGAAUAUGUUACCUGUAAUUGAAAUAAACGUAAAACUUUACAUCUCAAUUGGAACUGUAAAUUAAGCUCAGGUAAUAUCCUUUUCAACUCUGUUUGAGCUUAACUAAUCCUUUAUGAUCACUUGGAGUAAACUGCUCUUGAUGAUACCAGUGCUGUGUCACAUCUAAUAUCUCAAACUAUUCCAAUCCAUUUCCAAAAUGAAACUCACUCCUGUAAUUGAUUCAAAACAAGCCAUUUGUGAUUCUGCAUUACAUUCAGUCUAUCUCACUGUGUCCAGUAUUAGUGAAUUUAAUUAUAUCUCAUCAUCAACAUAGGCUGGAUUCUUUUUGUCAGUUGAAAACUGAGCACUGAAAAGGUCUUGCCCUAUUAAAUGCUUAUUUGUCAUGACUGUUCUGUGGCAUUCAUCCCAUAGAAACUCUAUGAUAAACAGAUUAAUAAAUCAUUUUGCUUCUAUCUUCAUGGACUCCCUUGCCCACCUGGUGAAAAAUAAGAGAAAAUUCCAUAGUUGCUCGAAAACUAAAAUGAAAACCAACUGAUGGAAAUACUCAGCAAAUCAGGCAGCAACUAAGAAGAGAGGAGGAAAUUUCAUGAUCCAAGUCAAUUCUCUUCAUUUGAAACUGCAUCAAAAGUUCUGUCAAACAUUCGAAAGACUCCUUCUUGUAUAGCAGAUGGACACAGAAUCAACUUCAGUGCAGAGUGUGAAACUGAGGGAAAUACUCAUCAAAUCAUGCAGCACUAAGCAGAGAGAAGGAAAUUUCAUGAUCCAAGACAAUUCUCUUCAUUUGAAACUGCAUCAAAAGUUUCCUCAAACAUUCCAAUGAUUCCUCCUUGUCUAGCAGAUGGACACAGAAUCGACUUCAGUGCAGAGUGUGAAAUAACGUUGUCUUUGUUUGGCUACAAUCACUAAAACAUCACAAAAUAUUGUGGAAGCAAUGUAAGAAUACACAGUAAAGCAUUGAAUUGUGUGAAGUAAACUCAAUUACUUUAAAUCUUGGCAAUUAAUUCAAUGCUCUGCUGCAUUAAUGAUUCUUUAGUUUGUGUGAGGAAGAUGGGUCAAUAUAACUGAAGUAAACAGUAGACAUUAUGAUAUUGAUAUUAUGGAGUGAGCAUUGAGUGCUCCCAUGCUUUCUUCCCUGGACUUCAGAAUUCAGAGGAAGUAACCAGUCUCUCGUGGAAAUGUCAUGGCACCUGCUUUACGCAAUCAUCAUCAAAGUGGCUGUAAUCUGGAAUGGUAACAUCAAAAGCACAAGAGAUCCUGCAGAUAUUGGAAAUCCAGAGUAACACACACAGAAUGCUGCAGGAACUCAGCAGGUCAGGCACCACCUAUGGAGGGGAAUAAUCUGUUGAUAGUUAUUUGACUUCAUCAGAUUGUGAUGAACGGCCAUAAACCAGAACAUCAACUGUUUAUCUCUCUUCAUAAAUACUGCCUGAAUUAUUGAGUUCCUCCUGAAUUGUGUGGGUUACAGUACGCUACACUGCCAAAGGAGAGAAAAAUGAUCUGGAAGAAGCCAUGUUCAGAAGGCAGUAACUUGUGGGAACAUCGUGCACCAGCACACUUGAACUAUUCUACUUAUUUACAGAUUUGAACAUUUGAUUGGUUAGUGUUGUCAUGUACUUUCUUCUUUAAUUAAUCUACUAAGUUACAAACAUGUGUAUUAUUGGUUCAUAACUGUUCCCCUGACACAAAUUUACAUGAU